GUUACGACUUCCCAUAUCAGCGGAUUUGGCAGCAUGACAUCUUCCCGUCUACCUUCCUUUCCGAGUCCCUCGUAGUCGAUCCUUCCAGAUUUUGAGGGCCUACCGCAUACCUUUCUUAAGCAAUGGACUCCCUCAGUCGACAUUGAACAGACUAAAAAUCAACACAGGGCAUCGCAACGCGCCCAACCCAACCUUGACCUCACCAGCUCAACUCACCAGAUUCCCCUUCCACCUCCCUCCAUAACAUAGCAAAAAAGUGAAAAGCCACAAACAUGCUCUCCCACCUCACCCGCUUGGUAACCGUCCUCCUCCAGGCCCUGCACCUGCGCCGCUCCUCUCCCUGGGAGUGGCCCACGCCCCUUGACUGGCUGCUGACCUCGCCGCUGCAAUGGCUGAUCACCCUCACAUACCGGCUAGUCCUGCUUCCCCUGCGGGGACGACCCUUCCACCCGCCGCGCGGCCGGCGGCCCAUCCGCGUCGUCUGCCUGUCGGACACGCACGGCCAGACCAUCCCGCCCGAGAAGAUCCCCCUGGGUGAUCUGCUCAUCCAUUGCGGCGAUCUGACGGCGCAUGGUACGGCGAGGGAGGUUCAGGCGCAGGUGGACUGGUUGAAGGGCUUGAGCCACCCGCGGAAGGUUGUCGUGGGCGGGAAUCACGAUGUCUGGUUGGAUGAGAGCGUCAGGGCCGGGAUGACGGACGGGGAGGGCGUCGAGGUGGAUUUUACCGGGGUCGAGUACCUCUGUGAUCGCAUGGUCAAGCUCGAGUUUGAGGGCGGGAGGAGGCUGAAUGUGUACGGCUGGGGGGCGGUGCCUUGGUGUGGGGAAGGGUUCGCGUUUCAGUAUGAGAGGGAGAAGGACCCGUGGGCGUGGAGAAUCCCCGACGAGACGGAUGUUUUGGUGACGCAUACGCCGCCGCGCCACCACCUCGACCUCGGAAUAGGCUGUGGCAGCCUCCUCGACGAGAUCUGGCGGGUUAAGCCGAGACUGCACGUCUUCGGCCAUGCACACUGGGGUCACGGAAAGGAAGCCGCCUAUUAUGACGAGUGCCAGCUGGCCUAUGAGUCGCUCAUGUCGAUGCCCGCGAAGGGCUUCUUCUAUGAUCUAAUACCGAGUGCGCGGUGGGUCGAAGCGUUCAAGGUACUCUUCCACGGCGUCCACAGCAUCCUGUGGAAGUGGAUCAUGCUUGGACCGGGGACUAAUCACGGUGGGCUCAUGGCCAACGCAUCGGUCAUGUAUGGGAAUACAGGGAAGCUGCGCAAUCCGGUGACGGUUGUGGAUUUGUAGACCAGCUAAGAGCUUAGAGCGAGCCGACAGAUGUAUGGCGCGAGCCGGCAAGACGUAUAGAUUAUAGAAGUGAGGCGCCCAUCUCUUAGAAUUAGAGCUUUCUUAUACAAUUCA